UUUUUGACCAAACAAACAAAGAGACCCAUUUUUUGUAUAAUUUUGUUCUUUCAUAAAUAGAAAAGACAAAGAAGUCCUUGGCCUGUUUUCGUUCAAGACUCGUCGUUACGCUGGCCUCAAAGGUGUCAGGGGGCGCGCUCACAGCUGAGUCAAAAUUACCACAGACACAAACGUACGCACACGGACAGCCAGGAAGAAGAAGCGCAAAUCCUUGCUUUCGAAACGUGCGUCAGUCAGUGCCUGGUUCAAGAUCGCUGAGCCGAGUCUCUGCUCCGACUUCGUUAAAGCUCUUCAGUCACAUGGAAUAAAAGUUGACCAUGGAGUGCCUCGUCGUCUGCUUUGCGUUGAUUGUCAUGACAGCUGACAGAAUCGGCCUCUCGCACUCUUUCAACGUGGGCACUGCGGGGGCUAAGAUUUUCAGCGGGCCGCCGGUCGAAGAGUUUGGCUACACGGUCCAACAGGCCGCCAACCAUGAGGGCAAAUGGCUUCUGGUUGGUGCUCCUUGGAGUGGUUAUACUCAAAACAGGAAGGGGGAUUUGUACAAGUGUCCGGUGUCAGGGUCCAGAACAAGCUGCAACAAGCUCAACCUUGAAGAUUCCAUGAAUAUUCCCGACGUGACCAACGUCAACGUCAACAUGUCUCUGGGCAUGACCCUGACUCGCAUGCCCGCAGUCAACGGUCUGAUGACGUGCGGUCCCCUUUGGGCACAGAAGUGUGGCGAUCAAAACUUCUACCCUGGAAUCUGCUCAAAACUGAGCCCGCUCUUUCAGCCUCAACCUGCCUUCGCUCCUGCCAUCCAGACUUGUGGAGGCCCGAUGGACAUUGUCAUCGUACUGGACGGCUCCAACAGCAUCUACCCCUGGGCUCCAAUGAGGGAGUUCAUUGAGAAACUCUUACCGUCUCUUGAAAUCGGACCCCAAAACACUCAGGUCAGCGUCAUUCAGUAUGCCGUCGAUCCCAAGAUUGAAUUCACGCUGAACCAGUACCGAACCAAAGAGGAGUUGCUGAAUGCCGCAUCCAAACUCACACAAAUGCAAGGCUCCUUAACCAAUACGUUCCAUGCCAUUCAGUACGCCAGCCAGUGGGGUUUUAAUCCGAUCUACGGUGCUCGACCGAGCGCUUCCAAGGUGAUGGUGGUCGUCACUGACGGCGAAUCGCAUGACCAAGCCGUCAGAGAUACGGUCAUCAGUGAAUGUGAAAAACAAGGAAUCACACGCUUCGGUAUUGCUGUGUUGGGUUACUACACCAGAAACAACAUCGACACCGAAAACCUCAUCAAAGAAAUCAAAUCCAUCGCCAGCACGCCCACGGAAAAUUACUUUUUUAACGUGUCGGAAGAAGCGGCUCUGUCCAACAUCGCCGGAACGCUGGGCAGCCGCAUCUUCAACAUCGAAGGCACAGGAAAGGGAGGUGACAAUUUCAAGAUGGAGAUGUCCCAGGUGGGCUUCAGCGCUCACUACUCCAGCAAAAAGGACAUGCUGAUGCUGGGAGCAGUGGGUGCCUAUGGUUGGGCUGGGACUGUCGUCCACCAAACGGGCUCAAAAGUGGAUGUUCUCCCUGUCUCGGUCUUUGAAGGAACACUUCGAGAUCGAAACCACAGCUCCUUACUGGGUUACUCUGUCUGCAUGCUGAGUGAUGGCACGACAGAAUAUUUUGUGGCCGGUGCGCCUCGCUCCAACCACUCCGGACAAGUAAUCGUCUACAGCUUCAACGCCCAGAAGCAAUUCACUAUCAUCGAUUCGGAAAGAGGAAAGCAGAUUGGAGCUUAUUUUGGUGGCGUCCUGUGUUCGCUGGAUGUGGACAAAGACGGGGUGACGGACCUGCUGCUGGUUGGCGCGCCCAUGUUUAUGAGCGAACAGAAGAGAGAGCAAGGCCGUGUUUACCUCUUCACCGUCACCAGGGGUAUCCUGAAUGAGCAAGGAUUCCUCAAAGGCUCCCCUCCGACUGAGAACGCCCGUUUCGGGAUGGCCAUGUCGGCAAUACCCGACCUGGACCUUGACGGUUACAAUGACGUCGUCGUCGGAGCGCCUUUAGACGACAAAGGAAGAGGCGUCAUUUAUAUCUACAAUGGGAGGAAGAAGACUCUAGACAAGCAGUUCUCACAGAAAAUACUCGGUUCAAAAAUGGAUCCUCGGUUCAAGUUUUUUGGGAGGUCCCUGGAUAGCUACAAGGACUUGAAUGAUGACACUCUCACUGAUAUCUCAGUGGGGGCGUAUGGAAAAGUGGUCCAGCUCUGGUCCCGAGGUGUGGCCACACUCUCAGCCACUGCUUCCUUUAAACCCGAGAAGAUCAACAUUUUAAGCAAAUCUUGCGACGUCGGUGGACGCAAGAUGUCGUGUUUCACCACCAGCCUCUGUUUCAGCCCGACCUUCAGGCCCAAAAAUCCAGUCGGACCCAUUGACGUCACCUACACAUUGACACUCGAUGCCGAUUUGCAGGCUUCUCGUGUCACCUCGAGAGGACUUUUCAUGAAAAAUAAUGAGCGUUUGCUUUCGGAGAAUGCCAAGAUCUCAUCUAAAAUGCAGUGUCAAGACUUCCAAGUCUACGUACAGGAGACGCCCGAUUUUGUCAAUUCAGUCAGUUUGAAAGUGGAAAUCGAACAGCAGAACGCCGACGCUAACCCGGUUCUUGACGUCUUCUCUCUAACCGCCUGGGAGUUCUUCAUCCCCUUCACGAAAGACUGCGGCUCAGAUGAGGUGUGCGUCAGUGACCUGGUGCUGAGUGUGACGACGGACACAAAGGGGUCAAGCUCAGCCCCUUUUCUGGUCAGCCCCAAUAAGCGGGAACUGUCAUUCGAGGUCACGGUGAAGAACAAAAAAGAAAAUGCUUACAACACGCAAGUGUUGGUCACAUAUUCGGGCAACCUCUUCUACUCCUCUGUAUUUCCUCCUACAGAAGGAGUCAAAUGCACCUCAACACAAGAGCAAACUGUCGCUUGUCAAGUGGGAUACCCGGCUUUGAAAAAAGACCAAAUGAUGAAAUUUCAGAUCAAUUUCGAUUACAACCUCAACCAUCCGCUGAAUCGGGCAAAGGUCAAGUUUGAGGCUAAAAGUGACAGUAAAGAGCAGGUUCCCGCAGACAACCAAGUGGAUGUGUCCAUUCCUCUUCAAUACGAUGCAGGAAUUGUUUUAUCCAGGAAGUCAAACAUCAACUUCUAUGUAGCAAAUUCAACCACUGCACCGGAAACAACAGUGAAAACUUUGGAUGACAUCGGACCCGAGUUUAACUUCACUGUGAAGGUUUCAACAGGAAACUUCCCAGUCAGCCUCCUCUAUCUGACCAUCUCCCUGCCAAUCAGCACCAAGGGAGGAAACCCCCUCCUCUACCUUACCGGUGUGGACACGCAAGUUGGCGGUUCUGUCAGCUGUGAUACCAAAGGCCUGGUGGACCCACUGAGAAUCGGCGUCAAGGACCACCAAGCCUCCUUCACUGAGGAGAGUCUCCGAGGCAUUGAGAAGCUGGAUUGCGAGAGUGCAAAGUGCGAGCGGAUCAAAUGCCUCCUCAAAGACGCUGAUGUCACCAGCGACUACUAUGUGAAAGUUAAAACAAGGAUUUGGAGCGGGACAUUUAUUACGGCGGCCUAUCAAACCACCGAGCUGACCUCCACUGUGGAAAUCGAGAGCUCCAACCCCGAUUUAUUCAUUCUCCGCUUCAAAGAGCUGCCGGUGGUGGUCACAGUGAGUAAACCAGGAGCGACGGGCGACGUUCCGGUGGGAGUGAUUGUUGGCAGCGUGAUCGGUGGACUGGUGCUAUUGGGCCUGGCUGUUGCUCUCCUGUGGAAGUUUGGAUUUUUCAAAAGGAAAUACCAGAAGCUGCAAAAAGAUGCCGAUGCGCAGAGCCACGCCUACGAGGAUGGCGUGUUGUGAGAUACCACCACGUCAAGUUGCACCUUCCUACUCCACUGGCUAGUCAUCCAGCGUGCUCACUGGUACUUCUCAAGCGCACUGACCAACCGAAGCUCUCUCCCUCUCCCUCUCCCUCUCCCUGUUCCUGUUUGGUCCUUUUGCACAGUUAGUUGGAUUUGUUCAGAGACUUCUUGAACCUUUGAACAAACGUAAUUUUAUCUGGGGGGGAAAAAAAAAAACGCAAUGAGGUCAUUCCGUAUUGUACAUCACCAUCAACAUGGAUACUGUAGUCGAGCUCUUUUUUUUUCUACUUAGGCUCAUUUGAGCACACAGUAAGUGGUGCUCUGGGUGCUUAAACUACUGGCAUGGGUAAUAGAUCCUCAGGGCUUUUUCUUGCUUUCGGAAUACUUGAAUUGUGGUGGCGUAGCAUGGUGGAUUACUGUUUAGCACAUCCGCCUCCCAGUCCUGAGGGUUAGUUUUGAUUCUCUGCCCCGGUUUUCAGGUUGUCCCACACGCCAAAAGAAUGCAUGUGAGAUUUAUUGAAAAUAUGACAUUUUCCAGAGGGGUGAAUGUAAGUUUGAAUGGAGGAAAUUGCCUCCUUCCCAAGGACAAUUCGGAGUGUCCAAUUAACCUAGCAUACAUGUUUUGGGAAGGUGGGAGGAAACCAGAGAAAACCCACACAGGCACGGGGAGAACAUGCUAACUCCACAUAGGAAAGGGCCUGGAAUCGAACCCUGCACCUUUUACACUGUGAGACAGACGUGCUAACCAGUCUACAACCGUGCCGCCCAGAAUCAGUAAUGAAAAAGCAAAAUAGAACAAAACGCAAAAUGUGCGUGUUUCUUUCAACAGUUGUAUGUAUUUUUGUAUUUUUAUCGUGUGUAUAUAUACUGUAAAAUGAAAUGAUGGUUAAGGUUUUAUAUUUGAAUGGUUUCAAAGGUUGCGUCUGUGAGUAAUAUUUUUUGUAUUUAUGUGUUUAUUUGGUGGGCUUCAAAACCGGAUGUUGUUUAAUAGGCACUAAGCGACGGUGCAAUACUUCCAACACUAUCAAAUGAGAAAAUGACCAAGUCAAAAUGAUUUGAACCGAACGUUUGUCGCAAACUAAAACUGGUUUCUCACAAGAGAGCAGCAUAUUUGCACUGGCACACUUUUACCACAAGAGGGCAGCAAGAUCUAAAUUACUGAUUGACUUUCUUCAGCAUUACUCCGUGGAUCAGUUUAUGACUUUUUUUGUGAUUAUAUUGAAUUACCUUAUUAAAGAUAAAUGAAAGUCGCAAAUAACCUUCAUUGGUUUGUAAUAAAGUGUACAGUACGGGUUGCUUUUGCCCAAUGAUUCAAUUUUGACUGUCGACGUUUUGGGAUACAGAAGAUUGGGCUUCAAAUGCUCUUCGAAUGUGUGUUUUUAAUCUAUGGUUCGAUGGACAAUUUUGUUGUAUUGUGGAUAUUUUAAGGAAUCCGUUUCUACACUACAGUUCUGUAAAUGUGGACGUAGAUGAUUACAAAAUCAAAAGAGAGAGAGAGGAAGACUCAUGACAGGUACAGUCACGAUAGUACAAUUCCAAAUGUAAAUCUGAAAUAAUUCACGUCAUUAGUUGACCUUUGAUUGCACUUUGUCUUGAUUUUUUUUAGUGUCGGGUGUUUUUACUUUGUGGUGUGAGAUGCCUUUGAAUGUUUUCCAGACGGUUUAAUUUGGAUUUAAUCUCGAGUGCGCCAUGAAUCUUAUUAAUGGUCGCCGGCAAGUCACACAGUAUUUCUUUUUUUUUGUUGUUGUACAAGCAAGCGCCAGAUAAGUGAAUAAAUGUCCCCCACUUGGCAUCAACAAA